CACGACGCUUUUACUCGGUAAUUGAUAACGAGAGGAAACGGCCACCGCGAAAAAUGAAAUGCUGGGCCAGCCACGGGGCGUCAACGCUAGUUUUCUGGUUUCGGCUGGACAGUUGUGUGUAGAGCCGUUUAAAGAGCGGCAAUUCCUCGAUAAAUGUGCGCGAUUAAAUGGCCCACAAAAGUGGCAUGUGCGAAGCCCUCACAUUGGCCUCCUCAGGGCUCAGGAUCCAACCGUAGUUUAUCGAGCGAAGGACCAUCCUCAGAUGCAGAUUCCGGAUAUGCUUUCAGUACAAGCCCGUCUCCAACGCAUCUUCUCUCUUUACUACGACAAGUUGCGCAAGGAAUGGAUUUCCUGGCGUCGAAGCGUGUCGUCCACCGUGACUUGGCAGCACGAAAUAUCCUCCUCUACGACGAACACCGCGUCAAAAUCACCGACUUCGGUCUGUCUAGGGACAUCUACGUCGAAGGACAUUACCGAAAGGAAAGCAGAGGUCCACUCCCCGUCCGCUGGAUGGCGCUCGAAUCGCUCGCACAUUUCGUCUACACCAGCAUGAGUGACGUGUGGUCGUUCGGUGUACUCAUGUGGGAAACAAUGAGCUUCGGUGACGUCCCUUAUCCUGGAAUUGACAACCAUGAGCUUCUACAAUUUUUGAGGAAACCCUCCGACAACCGGUUAUUGAAGCCAGAGAACUGCAGUCAACAAGUGUACGACGUCAUGCGUUCGUGUUGGCAGGAAAAACCAACACAGAGACCGACUUUCACGCAGCUGGUUCACAAUUUAGACGCCAUCUUGGAAAACAGUCGCCAAUAUUUCUGCUUCGACGACCACCUAUGAUGACGGCAAUGACUGGUCGCCGAAAAGAUGGACGUGACAUUUUAUUUAUUACAAGACGCGGGACAAUACAAGUGUUUUCCUCUGUCCCUUCU